AUGCUAUCCAGUAAAAUUGCGAAUGCCUCAAUCGAUUUGAGGGAUAGAAUUUUGCAACUUUUCCUUUUUAAGGUACUGUUAAGUCUGGAACUGACAACCUCUAAAGAAGUGAAGUAUUUCCUUCUGCCCAGCGAAAAUUCGUUCGUUGCGUUGGCGAAGUCCAAUGUCACAAAUGGCAGCUUGGUAGAUCUGGCCCACCUUACACCUGCACCACACAAUUGUGAUUGGCUCCGAAGACUCUCUUCUAGAGAUCGACCAUUUACACAUCUUGUACAGACAUGCAUUCUCCCCUUCUCACUUGUUCUCACAAUCAUAAUUAACACCCUCCUUUGCGUAACACUUAAUCGACCAACAAUGCGAACCCCCACCAACUUCCUCCUUCUUGCAAUCUCCUUAGCAGACCUCUUCACUGGACUGUUACCCCUACCUAUAUUCACCGCCUUCCUAACCGACUACUUUGACACCAAUCUCACAAAAGGCAAGGCCUACCUCACCUACUAUUGCACCGUUGUCCUCCCCACACUAUUCCAUACAAUUUCUAUAUGGCUAACAGUUAUUUUAGCCAUACAAAGGUUCAUUUACGUUGUGAAACCUCUCUCCGUUCGUAACUACGCCAUUUGUCGGUAUCGAGGAGUUUCAACCAGUGUAGCUAUUGUUAUAAUUUUAGCUUUGCUCCACAACACAAACAACUUUCUGACUACAUUCAAUGUUGGCGCAGUGGUAUGUACGGACAGCCUCGGUGUUAUAACCGGAGUUCAUGCAAAGUUGUUCAAAUGUACUCCCCUAAAGCCUCCCAUACAAUUUGCCAUUUUACUGCUCCGUGCUUUUACAGUCCACAUUGGCCCCUGUCUUCUUUUGUGCAUACUCACUGCCAACAUGAUGGCAGCCCUAAAGAGCAUCGCCAGGAAGAGGAAUGAACUGCUGAAAAAACGCAAUGAGGUAAAAGUGCUAGCUGACAAGGUAAGGCUGAAAGACGCACUCAUCGAGUUAGAGGAGAAUAAACCUCGUGAACGCAUGGGAAGGGAAAGAGUCAGCAGGGGAGAUGCCUACAAAACGUCGAGGAUAAUGUUGGUGGUUCUGUUACUUUUUCUAGUUGUGGAGAUUCCUACCACUGUCCUCGUUGUUAUGUAUGGUCUUCUCCUCGCAUUCCAAGCCACACCGCCGCCUUUCUUUGUCGAGGUACGUGAAGUCUGCAAUCUUCUAAUUGUCGUCUCGUAUCCGUGCAAUUUUGUUAUAUACUUUGCCAUGUCCAAACGGUUUCGAAUUACCUUCGCAUCUCUGAUCUCGGUCUGGUCAAAGCGAAGGCAGGAGCGCCAAGAAGCACAGCAUCCCACAUCAAAUUAG